AUGCGUGCAUGGUUGCAUCUCCCAUAUCCCAACUCUCUUACGACUAGCAAGAUAUACGGGCACCUGACAAGAGUAACAGUACUACCCAGUAUCAACUCUACCAUAAAGAGAAUUGAGCAAGAAGGAGUGAUGAACUCAACCGUCAUUCCAAUUCCUCCAAGUGCAGAAAAUGUUGAAUCCUCGUAUAAGGACGCCAAAAACAUGGGAAACAAGUUUUCGUUUCUAUCCACUUGUAGUGUUGCUUUCCGGGUCAUCCAGGAAAAAAGAUGUAGUCAGGGCAGCAUGAGAAAAGUGAUUCACAGUGUCAAGGUGGGGAUUGCCUUGGUAUUGGUCUCGCUGCUGUAUCUGCUGGAUCCGCUGUUCACUGAAGUUGGAGAAAAUGCAAUGUGGGCUAUCAUGACCGUCGUGGUUGUCUUCGAGUUCUCUGCAGGAGCUACGCUAAGCAAAGGCAUAAACCGUGCAAUCGGUACCAUAUUAGGCGGUGGAUUGGGGUGCUUGGCUGCAAUGUUGGCUGACGAGUUCGGAGGGAUCGGCAACGCAAUCGUUGUUGGCGCUUCGGUUUUUAUCGUCGGAGCGGCCGCAACGUAUUCGAGGUUGGUUCCAAGAAUUAAAAGGAGAUAUGACUAUGGCGUCUUGAUCUUCAUCCUCACCUUCAAUCUGGUAGCUGUGUCGGGGGUACGGGCCGACAAAGUGAUCAGGUUAGCCAAGCAGCGUCUGUCAACCAUUGGCAUGGGUUUUGCUGUCUGCAUUUUCACCAACUUGCUUAUUUUUCCAAUUUGGGCUGGUGAUGAGCUUCAUCGUUCUACAGCAGCUAAAUUCGACAAACUCGCACGUUGCCUUGAAG